GAGGCGCGCGGCGCUUGCGCGGUGUGGGCCGCCGUCUCAGCAGCCGGUCCUGACGCCGCCGUCGCCACAACGGUUGCCGCCGGCGGGGGGGUGUGUGUGUGUAUAUUUGUGUGUGCAGAGGUGUGUGUGCAGGAGUUGGAGCCGCUGCCGACAUGGGGAGAAAGUCAAGCAAAGCCAAGGAGAAGAAGCAGAAGCGGUUGGAGGAACGGGCAGCUAUGGAUGCUGUCUGUGCCAAAGUGGAGGCUGCCAACAAGCUCGGCGAUCCCUUAGAGGCCUUCCCAGUGUUCAAAAAAUACGAUCGAAAUGGGUUAAAUAUCACCAUUGAGUGUAAGCGAGUCUCCGGGUUGGAGCAGACUACAGUGGACUGGGCUUUUGAACUCACCAAAACCAAUAUGCAAACCUUGUAUGAGCAAAGCGAGUGGGGAUGGAAGGACAGAGAAAAGCGGGAGGAGAUGACAGACGACCGGGCCUGGUACCUUGUUGCUUGGGAGGAGUGCUCCGUCCCUGUCGCCUUCUCUCACUUUCGGUUUGAUGUGGAGUGCGGGGAUGAAGUCCUGUACUGCUAUGAGGUGCAGUUGGAAAGCAAGGUGCGGCGGAAAGGUCUGGGGAAAUUCCUCAUCCAGAUCCUCCAGCUCAUGGCCAACAGCACACAGAUGAAGAAAGUCAUGCUAACAGUAUUCAAACACAAUCACGGAGCGUACCAGUUCUUCAGAGAAGCGUUACAGUUUGAAAUUGACGACAGCUCCCCCAGCAUGUCAGGCUGCUGCGGUGACGAUUGCUCCUAUGAAAUCCUGAGCCGGAGGACGAAAUUCGGGGACAGCCAGCACUCCCAUCCCGUUAAAUGAAAUCAUCCCCUAGUGUCUGUGAAGGCCUGUGGGUCAAUCACUUGAUGCAGAAGUUUUCUGCGGCCUCCCCGCACAUACACACACAAGUGUACACUCUCCUGCCUGGGGUCUUCUCUCCCUGGUGCCCGACACAACCCAACUGAGGGAUAGAAGCAGUCCAGCUUGUUUGGAAGAGUCAUGGAGGCAGUCGGGCGGUCAAGGCACCUGCUGAGUUGGGACUUACGGUUCCUCCGAUCCUAACUUCCUGGUGCUGGGACAUCAUGGAAGAAAACCAGAGGACAUCUCUGUUCCCUUUUGUCUUCCCCGCCUGCCCCAUUCCCCUGAAGACUUCUGGGAGAGACAACCAUCAGGAGGUCCCCUGAAGAGUUCUUGCCCCCCGUUUGUGUAUGGACUGUCAUUUUGCCGCAUCCUCCCCCGAUAACUUGGUGCUGAUAUCUCUCCGAAGGUGGGAACUCCUUCCUUCCCACUCCCCUCGGAGAGCCCCUGGUGGCCUGCAGAUCCACGCUGCCUAUAGACUCUCACCUCGCCCCAUCUUUUGCCUCAAUGAGGCAGUAGUGCCACUAUCCCAACGCCCCCUCGCUGCCCCUCGAGACGACGAGGUGCAGAUCUUCUAGGCCAUCCUCGAUCCGACCAGUCCUGGGCCGGAGGCGGGAGCAACCGUCACCCGGAGACCAGCCCACCCGGAGGGCUCCUCUUCUCCGUGGCUGCAUGUCAGCUGAGCAAUAGUCAAGGGAAGGAGAAGUGGAGGGGAGGAGAGCCGGGUGGAGCCGUCUUGUUGGUUGGCGCUCCCUGUUGUCCCUUUCUGUCUCCUUCUCCCCCGACCAGGAGAGGAGAUGAACCUUUUCCAGAAAAACAGAACUCGUGAUGUGCCCACAUCCCCCACUCCAAGGGUAAUUCUGCACAAUCCUUGAUGAAAAUGGUAAUAGGGAAGGCCUGCCUGAGGCCAUUCUUUCCCCCGCAGAUAAGGGGAAAGAAAAACUGGCUAGGAGCAGUUGCAGCCACGGAUGGGAUCUUCCCUUGAGCAGCUUCAUCCGUAGAUGUCCCCUUUAAAACACACAUACAGACACGUGAAGACACGUGUCUCUUCCCUGACACCAGCCCUUGAUCUACUGUAAACCCAGCAACCCAGGGUUGUGCCUGAGAGGUUUUUCCUUCCCCUUGCUUUGAUUCAAUCUUUAUCCCCCAUUCCCAUGAAAAAGAUGAGAUUUUAAUUUUUUGUUUUGUCUCUGAAGCUUUUACACUGGAUCUCUGUCCCCAUUUCCCCCAGUCCCUGGGGUUUCCCAGAGAAUCUGCCAAAGGGUGAAUUUUCCUUGCGUUUAGAAGGAGUUUGCUGGAGCUGCUUCUGAGAAACUAGUCAGAUAAAUUACAGGAGAGAACGGAGCACUGGGGCAUGAUUUGAGGUGUACUCAGAUCAUGGAUUUCCCAUAGUGCUGCCAUUCCCUCAGACCAAAAGACAACCCUACAGAAAUCCCAAGUAAUUUGAGUUGGUACAUUUAUCUGUGUGUCUCCCUGUUGCUUCUUCCCUCCCUCCUGUCUCUUGGGUCUGUUUCUGUUAAGCAGGCCCACAACCUGAAGGCUCAUUUUUUUCAAGGGGUUCUUAGAAUUCACCCCCUCUCCCCUUUUCCUUUCUACCCCUUCCCCUCUCUCUACCAUCCCUCCUGUCACCCCUCUCCCCAUCUU